AUGCCUUCUCACCCAGACUCCAUAAUAUGUGCAACACUGCCGUCGGGUCGCAAAAUCACCCACUCAGUCCACGAAAAAUCACCAAAUGACCCAUGGAUCAUCAUAUCAAACAGCUUCGGCACAGACAUCUCUCUUUCGGAACCCAUUGCCGAACGCCUCGCCAAGUCGGGCUUCAGUGUUUUAAGCUAUGAUCAUCCCGGCCACGGAAAAAGCAGUGCCUUGGAAGACGUCGACAAUGUCAUCUUUGAAGAAAUGAUUGAUGGUAUUGAUGAACUACUGUAUGUCAUGAGAAUUACUUCAGUCCGUGCCUGGAUCGGUUUGUCACUCGGCGCAGCCAGCGGUGUUUACAUGGCACGUCGAAACCCAGGACUUAUCCAGAACUUGAUCUACUGCGGUUGUCCGCCUGCGUCCCUAAGCGCGCUGGGGAUUAUGUCUCUCGAGAUGAUUGACAAGAUGCGUGAUGAGGCUGAGAAAGAUGGAACCACGACUAAUGUCAUCCGCCACAUGCAUUACGGUUGGGCGAGUAAAGAAUGGCUCGAUGCGAACCCAGAUCAGGAUGAGAGGUUGAAAACUGCCAGUUCUACGUUGAGUAUGGAUGCUUGGCGAGCAAUGAUGACUUUGCAGAAGAAUAACGACUUUGAUAUGCGACCUAUGGUUCCUGACUUGAUAAGAAAUGAUAUGAGGAUUAUGCUUGUCAAAGGGGAGAAUGACACGAGGAUCAAUCCAUUUGUUGACAUUAUGAAUGAUAUUAUCAUGAGGGCUGCGAAGGAAAAGGCUGUUGAGGAGAAUGUCAAGAUGGUCACUGUGCCCAAUUCCGGACAUGUCAUGUAUCUGCAGAAUGAGGAUUAUUUCUGCAAUGCUAUUGAUGAUUUUAUAUACUAG